GCAGAGUUCUCUAGCCAUGAAAUGGACAGUGAGUCCCACAUCAGUGAGACGAGUGACCGCAUGGCAGACUUUGAGAGCAGCUCCAUUAAAAAUGAGGAGGAGAGCAAGGAGGUUUCCAUACCACUGGAAGACUCUACGGUUUCUGAUAGUUUAGAACAAAUGAAGGCUGUGUAUAAUAACUUCCUCUCCAAUUCCUACUGGUCCAAUCUCAAUUUGAACCUUCACCAGCCAAUUUCGGAAAAAAACAACGGUAGCAGCAGCAGUAGCAGCAGCAGCAGCAGCAGUUGUGGAAGUGGCAGCUUUGAUUGGCACCAGACUGCAAUGGCCAAAACACUGCAGCAAGUUUCUCAAAGCAGAAUUCUGCCUGAACCAAGCCUUUUUAGCACAGUCCAGCUGUACAGACAGAGCAGUAAGCUCUAUGGCUCUAUAUUCACUGGAGCCAGUAAAUUCCGCUGUAAAGACUGCAGUGCUGCCUACGAUACUUUAGUAGAAUUAACAGUGCACAUGAAUGAAACAGGACAUUAUCGAGAUGACAACCAUGAAACAGAUAACAAUAACCCCAAAAGAUGGUCCAAACCUCGCAAACGUUCUUUGCUUGAAAUGGAGGGGAAAGAAGAUGCCCAGAAAGUGCUAAAGUGUAUGUACUGUGGUCAUUCAUUUGAAUCUCUUCAGGAUUUGAGUGUUCAUAUGAUCAAAACAAAACACUACCAAAAAGUGCCUCUGAAGGAACCUGUUACCCCUGUAGCAGCAAAAAUUAUCCCAGCUACUAGAAAGAAAGCAUCACUGGAUCUUGAACUUCCAAGUUCUCCAGACUCCACGGCUGGGACACCAAAAGCCACAAUCUCAGAUAGUAAUGAUGCACUUCAAAAGAAUUCCAAUCCCUACAUUACACCAAAUAACCGCUAUGGUCACCAGAACGGUGCCAGCUAUGCCUGGCACUUUGAGGCAAGGAAAUCUCAGAUUCUGAAGUGCAUGGAGUGUGGAAGUUCGCAUGACACCCUGCAGGAGCUCACGGCUCACAUGAUGGUGACGGGACAUUUUAUUAAAGUCACUAACUCUGCCAUGAAAAAAGGGAAACCAAUUAUAGAAGCCCCAGCCACACCUACAAUAACGUCCUUAGUAGAUGAGAAGGUCCAGUCUGUGCCACUAGCUGCCACCACCUUUACAUCUCCUUCCAACACACCUUCUAGUGUUUCCCCUAAAUUAAAUGUUGAGAAAAAAGAGGUAGAUAAGGAAAGAGUCAUUGCUGAUGACAAAAUGAAAGACAAAGAGAAGUCAAGUGAAGAUGAGGAGAAGUAUGAUAUCUCCUCAAAAUACCAUUACUUGACUGAAAAUGACUUAGAAGAAAGCCCCAAGGGGGGAUUAGAUAUAUUGAAGUCUUUAGAAAACACGGUUACUUCAGCUAUAAACAAAGCCCAGAAUGGCACACCGAGCUGGGGUGGCUACCCCAGCAUUCAUGCUGCCUACCAGCUGCCUAAUAUGAUGAAACUGUCCUUGGGCUCAUCUGGGAAGAGUACACCCUUAAAACCUAUGUUUGGAAACAACGAACUAGUAUCACCAACUAAAAACCAGCCCUUAGUGUCUCCACCCAGUAGUCAGACCUCACCCGUGCCAAAAACAAACUUUCAUGCCAUGGAAGAGUUGGUGAAGAAGGUCACUGAGAAGGUGGCUAAAGUGGAGGAGAAGAUGAAGGAGCCCGAAGGAAAGCUCUCUCCACUGAAGCGUGCGACACCUUCGCCAUGCAGCAGUGAAGUCAGUGAACCCCUUAAUGGAGCCCCCAAUGAUGGUGGCUUUAAAAGCCAGCAAAACAGCCCAGUUCCUCAGAGAGAUGGUUGCAAAGACAGCCCAAGUGUAGAACCUGUGGAAAAUGGGAAAGAGCCUGUGAAAUCCAUUGUGGGUUCUUUAAGUAGCAGCACAGCCAUCAUCACUGACCACCCUCCCGAACAGCCAUUUGUAAAUCCGUUAAGUGCGCUGCAAUCUGUCAUGAAUAUUCACCUUGGCAAGGCAGCAAAGCCAUCCCUGCCCACUCUGGAUCCAAUGAGCAUGCUUUUUAAAAUGAGCAACAGUUUGGCAGAAAAGGCUGCAGUGGCCACCCCACCUCUACAGUCCAAAAAAUCAGACCACUUAGACCGUUAUUUUUAUCAUGUCAACAAUGACCAACCCAUAGAUUUGACGAAAGGCAAGAGUGACAAAAGCUGCUCUUUGGGUUCAGCGCUUUUGUCAUCCACAUCGACAUCUUCUGCAUCUUCUUCAUCUACAGUGACAACAGCAAAGACAUCUGCAGUCGUGUCAUUCAUGUCAAACUCGCCGCUACGCGAGAAUGCCUUGUCAGAUAUAUCUGAUAUGCUGAAGAACCUGACAGAAAGUCACACAUCAAAAUCUUCCACACCUUCCAGCAUAUCUGAGAAAUCUGACAUUGAUGGUACCACAAUAGAGGAACCAGAAGAGAGUACACCAGCUCAGAAAAGGAAGGGACGUCAGUCUAACUGGAACCCUCAGCACUUGCUCAUAUUGCAGGCCCAGUUUGCAGCCAGCUUACGGCAGACUUCAGAGGGGAAAUACAUCAUGUCAGACUUGAGCCCUCAAGAAAGAAUGCACAUUUCCAGGUUUACGGGACUCUCAAUGACCACAAUUAGCCACUGGCUGGCCAAUGUGAAAUACCAGCUCCGAAGGACGGGGGGAACUAAGUUCCUUAAAAAUUUGGACACUGGGCACCCAGUGUUCUUUUGUAAUGACUGUGCUUCACAGAUCAGAACUCCUUCAACUUAUAUCAGUCAUCUUGAAUCGCAUCUGGGUUUCAGGUUAAGAGACUUGUCCAAACUGUCCAGUGAACAGAUUAACAAUCAGAUAGCACAAGCAAAGUCACCAUCUGAAAAAUUGGUGACGUCCUCUCCAGAGGAAGAUAUCGGAACUUCUUAUCAGUGCAAACUUUGUAACAGGACUUUUGCAAGUAAGCAUGCUGUUAAACUUCAUCUUAGUAAAACACAUGGGAAGUCACCAGAGGAUCAUCUUCUGUAUGUUUCGGAGUUAGAGAAGCAGUAGCAUUUGCUUUUGAUUAAAAUAACUGUAAUUUGCUUUGAGGAAAACUGUCAAAGACGCCUUAAAGCUACUGUUUAGUUCUUGGCACAUGUUCUUAUUUUAACUCCAGAGUCGCUCUGGGCUGAACUGUUUUGUAUAACUGUACAGUGUUUAAAUAGAGGUGCAUAAUCAGCUGUUGUUACUGGUAAAAUAUGAAGGUUAAAAUGCAGUGGUAAGUGUUUGGAACUUUGUGUAAAUUGGAUUUAGUUGCUGUGCAUCAAGCUGAUGCAUCAAGCUGCAUGCAUUAACAGACAGUUUAAUUAAGCAUUUAUAACUAAUUCUGGUGCACUUUUUCAUGUGACCUAAGUGUGCUGGUAUUUCUCACCCUAUAAUCUUUAGCCCUCUGAGUACUUUGAAGCACUUUUGCAUUAAUUUGGUAAAAAUGUAAGGAUAUGCUUUUUUUUUAGACCCUUACUAGCUUAGUUCUGAUUACUAAUAUGAACCUCCAUUUAUGCAGAGGUGUCUCACACCUUGAAAUUUAAAAAUAUAAUUUUCACAUUGAAACAUAGAUGUAUAUAUUGUAUAGAUUUCAAAAUCUCUUAUGGAAAAUGUGAUUGUGGUUAAUGCCAUUUUUUUUUUUCCAGCAUUUUUAGCAGCAGUGGGGUUUGUACCUGAUAAGCCCCAGGUAUAAACUGUACCUAUAUAUAGUGUAUAUUUCAUUUUUUUUAAGAUCUAACAGUUUUUCCUUUAACAAUCAAACAUUGUAAAUUAUGUGAUAAAAGAUACCACAGAUAGCAUUUAUAAAGUAUUCAGAAACAUUAUUCUUAAAGCAAAGUAUGUUUUGCUUUGUUUUGCUAUACAGUACAUCUAUAUUAAGAGAGGUUCAUGUUUAAAUUAUACAUAUUUAUUAGUGUUGCUAUCAUUUUGUUUUUUUUUUUGGGUUUUUUUUGUUCUUUUUUUUAAUUGUCUGAAGAAACAGAAGCCACGGACUGCAUUCCUGGCCUGCAUUCUAACUGUUUUGCACAACAUGACUUUUAAAGGUAUUUAUUAGUAAAAAAAGAAAAAAAUAAAAUAAAAAGAGAAAAUUCAAGAUAAACUCAGUGCUCAAAGGGUUAAAUCUAUUUGAAAAACUUGUACUGUAUUUCCUAAACAUUGAUAAAGCCUUUAAAAUGUUUGUACUGUAAUACUUUGCUUAAAAAGUUAUGAGGCAUUCUGUGAUAUAACCUCUUUUACUUAUUUAUAAGCGCUCUUGGUUGUUAUUUCCUAUAGUAGAAUGCCUUUUUAUUUCAAUUGGUAACUUUCUGUUUUGUUCUGCCUAAUUAUUCUCCCAAGAUUCCAUACUGCAGCUUUAUCUUUAGGCAUAUGAAAGGUAACCCGUGGUUACCAGCACACUAAGUGAUUCUGUUCGUCUCCAUUUUUGGCAGUUAAUUUGCAGAAGUAACUGACAGCUGACACCAUAUGAGAAUCUAUGUAUAAAAUAUUGGCAUGUAAACAGCACAGACACUGUAAUGCACUCUGUGCCCUGUUUUGUUGUUGACAAUGAAGCACCAUUAUAUGACUCUUCAUAUAACCUUUUUUUCUACAGCAGCAUUAAAAUUGUCUUUUUGCUAUAAUUUUGUGUUGCGUUCACAAUUAUGUCUGAAAUGUGCUACGACUAACGAGCACAUUAAAAUUAAAUUGUAUGCUAUCUGUUUAUGACUGAAGCUUGAGUAGGUUUCUUCAUCUGCCAGGUGCUGGCAGUCAAAAGCUGCACAUAAAUCACUGGAGUUUUAGUGAACUUUGGCAUUUAAAGAGCAGGGUAGCACUUAU